CACAGGCUCUGAGCAUCACUCACUGGGCGAGCGAGAGGAGCAGGGAAUGCGAGUGCAUCCUUGACAGCAACACAAACGCACAAGAAAGACAGGACGAGAGCUGUUUUCUACCAUCGAGUUUUACACCGAUCGAAAUCUAACCGGAGACGAUUACUAUUCAUGGAAAUAAAAUAGAAAACCUGCCAUUUUCAUUUGUUUUUUUUAAUUUUGUUUAUUUAUUUUUUUCUGACAGUAACGCAGCGCUUUGGAUCCCAAAAUGGCUGAGAUAACCAACAUAAGACCAACGUACGAGGUGUCCCCGGUGCUGGCCGGCUUCCUGGGGGCGGGGGUGCUGGUCGUCUCGGUGACGGUCGCCGUGUUCCUGUGGACCUGUUGCCAGCGGCGAUACCGGCAGCUGACGGGCGGCUACAAGCUCCGGGGCGACCGCUGCGACGCGGCGACCGACCCGCCCUACAAGUUCAUCCACAUGCUGAAGGGCGUCAGCAUCUACCCGGAGACGCUCAGCAACGCCAAGAAGAUCGUGCGCGUGGGCCGGCGCGGGCGGGGCGGCCGGGGGGAGCGGGAGCGCGAGUGGGGGCACGGCGCGGGGGGCGGGGCCGGGGGCGGGGCCGUGCUGCUGGUGGACGCGGCGGAGAACGGCCUGCUGGACACGCCCCCGGCCCACCUGCAGGUGAAGCGGCUGGAGCGGGACCUGCCAAUCAGGGCCGACUACUGUUGCCUGGACAGCAGCUCGGCCAGUAGCAGCGAGACCAACAGCGCCGCCCCCAGCAAGACCGCCUCCCCCUUCACGCCGGCCGAGGAGCCCGGCCUGGGGGCCAUCACGCUGGCCGUGGACUACAACUUCCCCAAGAAGGCCCUGGUGGUGACCAUCCUGGAGGCCCGGGGCCUGCCGGCGGUGGACGAGGAGUCCGGCAGCUCCGACCCCUACGUGAAGAUGACCAUCCUGCCGGAGAAGAAGCACCGCGUGAAGACCCGCGUGCUGCGCAAGACGCUGGAGCCCGUGUUCGACGAGACCUUCACCUUCUACGGUGUGCCCUACAGCGGCCUGCCCGAGCUGGUGCUGCACUUCCUGGUGCUCAGCUUCGACCGCUUCUCCCGCGACGACGUCAUCGGCGAGGCCGUGGUGCCGCUGGCGGGCGUGGACCCCAGCACCGGCCGCGUGCAGCUCACCCAGCCCAUCUGCAAGAGGAACAUACAGUGUGUGAGCCGGGGGGAGCUGCUGCUGUCUCUGUCCUACCAGCCCGUCACACACAGGCUGAGCGUGGUGGUGCUGAAGGCCAAACACCUGCCCAAGAUGGACAUCACAGGCCUGUCUGGCAACCCGUAUGUGAAGGUGAACGUGUUCUACGGCCGCAAGCGCAUCGCCAAGAAGAAGACGCACGUGAAGAAGUGCACGCUCAACCCCGUCUUCAACGAGUCCUUCAUCUACGACGUGCCGGCGGAGCUGAUGCCCGACAUCGCCGUGGAGUUCCUGGUCAUCGACUUCGACCGCACCACCAAGAACGAGGUGGUGGGCCGGGUGGUGCUGGCCGCCCACAGCCCCAGUUCCUCUGGCGCCACCCACUGGCGGGAGGUCCUCGACAACCCUCGCCGACAAAUCGCCAAGUGGCACAACCUCAGCGAGUACUAGCGGCUGACAGGGAAGGCCCUUUCCAUCGAAGGGCCAAACCUCUCACGUCAAACCUUUCCCCCCCCGAAAAAUGCAACAACAACCGUAAACGAAAUGAAAGGGGGACUUGUACAGUGAACUGUUUGCGUCAGUUUAAAAAAAAAAAAGAGAAAAGAAAAAAAAAGAAGAAAUAAUAAUAAUUAAAAAAAAACUUUGAAAAAUAACCACGAUGAUUGCUAUGGUAACGGGGGCUGUUAAAAAAUCUGAGAAAAUCUGAAAGGACUUUUGGAGAAUUAGCACAAAAACGAGCUAUGAGUCACUAAGAAAAAAGAAAAAAACUGAAUGAUUGGUCAUUACAAAGAAACCAAAAGCUGUAUCGAACAAAGAGCAAAUAUAUAUAUAUACAUAUACACACAUGCAAGACUGUUAAAAAUGGAUUCAGUCCCAUCUUGUCAGGGGAUUAUCCAAGCAAAAUUCACUUAACAAAAUGGAAGAAAGAGAAAGAACAACUGAGAGUCUAGGCCCCCCCCCCCGUCUCUCUCUCCAACCCCGCCCCCCCUUCCUCAGUGGUGUGUACUUUCAAAAUACUGCAUGCCUAAAAAAAAAAAAAGAUAUUGAAAAAAAAAAAAAAAAUCAAAGACUGAGAAAAAAUGAAGAUGCAAUGACGCUACUGGAGCUCUCCUCACUUUCCGCUUGUGGUACGGUUUCCUCCUGGAGGAGAGGCAGGGAACCCAGUCCCUGUUCAGGACCUCGAGGUGCACCUUUCGGACAGUGCAGAGGGCAGAGGGGCAUGCCCCUGGUGUGGUAAACGUUUACUCUGUCUGCUGUUCUGUGAUGAACAAAAAAAAAACAAAAUAACAUCUAAAUCCAUUCAUUCAGAGUCCCAUCGUUCAGAAUCGGUUUCGUCCGUGCACCUGUACCCUGAAUGGUAGUUAUGAAACCCACAGGAGCUGAUCUGUCUAAUAUGAAUGAGUUUUUUUUUUUGUUUCGUCUUUUUCCCCCACGUGUCUUCAGGUCUGUAUUCUGACUAAGUCUACAAAUAUGACCGGGGUGUGCUUAAAGGAGCAAGGUGUGUUCAGGUGUACGCUUUUAGAAUCUUAAUCAGUCGUAAUCCCCAUUUUAGCUUUCAACAAAAAUAAUUAAUAAAUAAAAAAACUUUACCAGCUCCAUCAAAUCAAGUUUUGGAGAUCUGACAUUGCCCAAAGAUCAACCCAGCUCACACUAAAAUGUUCUCACAAUGCAACGAGAAUGCUUUCAAUUUACACCAUUACCACUGCAACAUUGUGGGAACGUUUUGUGUUAGCUGGGAAGAAUCCAAUUGAGCUGUAGAACCCUGUGAGAAUAUUUUUGGUAAUUGUUUUUUUUUUUCAUUUUAUUCCAACUCCCCCUCGGAGACUGUGGAGAAUUGUUCCGGAAGAGUGGCGCAGAAAGGGGGCAUCACAGAUGGAGCGAAGUCUCGGUGGAGUUCGCUCUAACAGAAAUCCCCGCUGUGUUCUUCACAGCGUCGUAAUUACAGUCAUUACUUUUUCGCCACGAGAACCGUAGUCACAAGCACAGCGUUGCGUAGCGCGCCGCGAGAAUGGCAUUGUAGUACAUAUAAAUAUAAAUAAAUAUAAAUAAACACGUCCGCGGCCUGUUUAUAGAGCGCGUGUGACAGCACUGCCACUUUGAACAUGAUAGUGUACAGUACAUGAGCCCAAUUUGCUUUGUGGCCGGUGAACAGUAAAAGGGAUAGUGUACAGUACAUGAGCCCAAUUUGCUUUGUGGCCGGUGAAUAGUAAAAGGGAUAGUGUACAGUACAUGAGCCCAAUUUGCUUUGUGGCUGGUGAAUAGUAAAAGGGAUAGUGUACAGUACAUGAGCCCAAUUUACUUUGUGGCCGGUGAAUAGUAAAAGGGAUAGUGUACAGUACAUGAGCCCAAUUUGCUUUGUGGCCGGUGAAUAGUAAAAGGGAUAGUGUACAGUACAUGAGCCCAAUUUACUUUGUGGCCGGUGAAUAGUAAAAGGGAUAGUGUACAGUACAUGAGCCCAAUUUGCUUUGUGGCCGGUGAAUAGUAAAAGGGAUAGUGUACAGUACAUAAGCCCAAUUUGCUUUGUGGCCGGUGAAUAGUAAAAGGGAUAGUGUACAGUACAUGAGCCCAAUUUGCUUUGUGGCCGGUGAACAGUAAAGGGGAUAGUGUACAGUACAUGAACCCAAUUUGCUUUGUGGCUGGUGAACAGUAUAAGGAUAGAGGCUUCGUGUCUAUGGUCCGUGUGCCCGGAGUUUGUGACAUCCCACCUCUCUGUAAGACUGUGCUGUAAAUAGUGGCCCCUUGGAUUCCAACUGCACCUUAAUCAUGUGACCAAUGUUGGAGUGGAGAGGUUGUGUGUGUGUGUGUGUGUGUGUGUGUGUGUGUCUGUGUGUGUCUCCUGUGCAUGUAUCUCGAGACGUCAGAGAUACUAUCCUGAACAAACGACCGUGAGAGUCGAAUCCCCCCCCCCCCUCUUUGUUGUGGUCAAAACACGGUGGCUAACAGCUGUGAGAAGUGUAGAUUCCUGAUUCCCCAUUUUUCCAGUUUCCAGUUUUCCAGUUCGGACGUCUCCGAACAUGCCGCCGGUCCGAUGUACCUCUCGGAAUGUGGCCGGAAUGUGGCUCCAGCCCUGUUCCCCUUCCUCGCUUUAACAGCGGGAGAGGCGUGGCGUAUAUAUACUGUAAUACAGAGCAACAACGACCUUACCCGUUUCCUUACCAAAUAUAGCCCGCGUAUAUAUAAUUUAAAAAAAGGUG